ACGAUUAUGCUCACCAAAUACGACAAGAGUCCAAAGAAUCCGUUCGGUGAAGAAAUUCAACAAAUUUCACUGACACAGACUCGUAUUGGCUCGACUCUUAACGUGAGGAUUGGAUACGAAGGAAGUUAUGAGCCACCGAUAUAUCUGCCAAGAGAUCAGUAUCAUUCGUCAGAACAACUCUCCCUCGUUCGUGGAGGUAAAAUGAGCAGCAUCAACAAUGAAGUUUUCACGUUUUCAAUCACCAGACAGUCCGGCAGUCGAAUAUGGGAUACCUCAAUUGGUGGAAUGUUGUUCGGUAAACAGUACAUUCAGAUUGCGACACUGCUACCAUCCGACAAAAUNUACGGAUUUGGAGAGAACAUCCACGAAACGCUGAAGCACUUCUUCAACAACUACACGACAUGGGGCAUGUUCGCUAGAGAUCAACCACCUAAUUCUAGAGGUCAACCAGUUGGACAAAAUCUUUACGGCGUCCAUCCGUUUUAUCUCGGUCUCGAAGCUGACAACAAAGCCCAUGGAGUUCUGAUAUUGAACAGCAAUGCACAGGAAGUCGUAACCGGAAUGGGACCUCAUCUCAUUUAUCGCACAAUAGGUGGUAUGCUCGACAUCUUCUUCUUCCCCGGUCCGGAGCCAGAGCAGUUGAGCAGCUACAGUUUCAAGAAGCUAAGCGAUCUACAAGAAGCUGUCAAUCGCACGAUUCAGAACAAGAUCCCACUUGAUGUAGUUCAUGCGGACAUCGAUUAUAUGGAUCGUUACCAGGACUUUACCAUUGGAAAGGCAUGGCUUGGUCUGGGUGAAUACGUUCACGAAUUGCACAAAAAAGGAAUGAGCCUCAUUGUAAUUCUCGAUCCUGCCAUCCAGGCGAACAGCACAGCUUUCGAAAAUGCAGUCAAACAGAACGCGAGCUUCAUUGAAUGGCCACGAGGGGAUCUCGUUCAAAAGAGCAUCAAUGAUAUUUAUCCACUGACAAAGGGAACUAAUACAUCUAGGAAUAAGAUGCGAUUUUAUGAUACGAAGAAUUUGUAUGGAUUGUCGGAAUCAGUUGUGUCACAGAAGGCCCUUUUCGACAGCACCAAAAAACGAGGAGUUGUCAUUUCGAGGUCAACUUUCCCGUCGUCUGGUCACUAUGCAGGCCACUGGCUUGGCGACAACACAGGAGCGUGGGAGGAUCUGCGGACGUCAACAAUUGGAGUGCAAGAAUUCAAUCUAUUCGGCAUACCUUACGUUGGAUCCGACAUCUGCGGUUACUUCCCAGGUGUCACAGAAGAGUUGUGUUUGCGGUGGCAACAGUUGGGCGCAUUCCACUCGUUUUCAAGUCUGCACUUCAACGCAUCUUUGAACGGCGGUAGUGUAAUUCGGCCCGUCUUCUUUGAGUUCCCGAAUGACAGUAAUACACACGAUCUUGGAUACCAGUUCAUGUGGGGUCCAGCGAUGAUUGUCAUUCCAGCGUUGUUCCCGGGUGUUACAAAUGUGGAAGGAUAUCUCCCAUUCAAUGCCACAUGGUACUCGCUAAGAGAAGAAGAUUAUGGAGUGAGAACUGCGAAUGGAUAUCAAUCAAUUAGUGCUCGUAAAGAUCAACUACCUCCAGUGUUCCUCAAAGGCGGUCAUAUUGUUCCUCGUCAAAAACCAAACACAACAACUACAGCAUCAAGAAUUAAUCCGUUUGAGCUUGUCAUCGCACUGGGUGCUGACGGUGGUGAGUCAAGAGGCGAACUCUUCUGGGAUGACGGGAAUUCAAUUGUUCCUGACAGUGAUUUCGCCAAACAUCAUUACAUUCACUGGAAUUUCUUCAUGAGUCAUGUGAAUGUCGUCGACUCCACAACGCACUUCAGCAUGUCAACAGAGAUGUUCUCGGUAUCAUAUACAUCUAGUAAUGUAAAUAGGUCCGCCUAA